AUGGCGGUAUCCACGCCUAACUACCCUCAUCAAGUGCGGAAGGCAUGUCCUGUACGCCUCCGGAUUCCUGAAGUGGAGGGUCGAACUGAGCACGUCCAGAAUGCCGUCUGUCACCCGAAACACAAGAAGUGUAACAGCCGCUUUGCGAACGGCAAUGCGCUCAGCAAUGUGUCUUUGAACAAGCUUACAUUGCUAUACAUGACAUCAUGUUGUGUCUCGCCGGCACCACUACCGCGGUGUGUGCCGUUUGGAAUUCAAGACUGCUGCUGGCUUCCGUUACACCAACACCAUGUUGACUUCGCGUCCGUUAAUCGUGACGAUUCAGUUGACGAGGAGGAGGAGGACAAGAUAGACGACUCCUACAAGGGGUGGGAGGAUGAUGUCGGUCGCGCGUAUUUCCCCGAGGAGAAUGACUCCUCGACAGGAUCGAACUCCUCGACGGGAUCGAACUCUUCAACGCAAUGGAGCUCCUCGACGGAGUCGUACGUGUUCUCUAAGGCUGCUGAACAGUCUCAAGAAUCUGCCAAGGACCGCAAGACGGGCGAGCGCAAGGAGCAGGGGAGGACAAUCAUCCCGGCUCCUAACCACGUCCUCCCCCCUGCUGUACCCCACAACAUCGUCUUCGUGGGAUGCCCACUCUGCCUCGAGCCGGCUGUCAAGCCCUGCGUUACACGAUGCGGACACGUUUUCUGCGGGCCAUGCAUCAACCAGGCGCUCGAUGCGAGGCAGAACUGUCCCGUAUGCCGUCUUCCCGCUGGGCAGAAGCAGCUCAGGAAGAUAUUUAUCUCCGCUCCCGCUGGUACCGAAGUGUAG